UCAUUGGGGCUGGGUGUGUUCGGAAACUGAAGCUAAUGUUAGUCAGUCAGAGACAACGAUAGCAAAGACCCACAGCUCGGGUUUACGGGAAAAGCUGGCGAAUCUGGUGAAUCUGUACGGAAGAAGAACCUUCCAAAGUGGCAAUCUUUAUGAGCAGUAGUACAGUGUCAGUGUCGUGAGCGAACACGAGCGACGGGACUAAUCAAGCCGUUUCUACACCGUGUAGAUUUAAUGGUUCCAAACUUCCAAGUCGAAGGUGCCGCCGCAAUAGUGUAUCUCCGAGGGCUGCAGGCUGGCAACAACAAGAAACGGGGAAAUACGAGUAUCUAGGAACUUGUUUCUGUUCUUUUACGAUACACAAAGGCAUUUCUUCAUAAUAAAGAUAAAACUCGGUUGGCAAUGGCAAUGGAUCUAUUGUUCUACCGCACACUACUGUAGCCCCCGAAUGCGAAAACAAGAAGUCUCAUAAAAUCCCAUCCGCACGCGAUCGGAGCCCAAAGGGGUGUGUGGUUUUUCACAAUCGGAGUAGCACUUAAGAUAUUGUCGAGCCCACGAUACCGAUAAUUUGCCUCUUCGGCGAGUUCCUGAAUGCGUUGGACUCUCAUAUAUCUUUGGAAGACCGACUAGACUCGAACCUCAAUCGGAAUUCAAGGGUAACGGGGCCCAGACGUGAUCGAGCUUAAGGAGUUACGAGCAAAUCCUUAAAGUGUCAGUGCUUCGGAUUUGUCGAAGGAUAAAUCCUGUGGAAAUCUCAAUAUACAGAAGUUCCAGCAAUCUAUAAAAAUGAGUUUCAAUUCCAAGUAUCACAUCGACGUGGACUUCGAGGUGCCCAAGAAGCUGCAAUGGUACUACGCCCCCGUCUUCUUUGCCUUCUGGCUCUGUCUGUACCUGUCGCUGGUCAACACCCAGAUAAACAGCAUGCCCAAGGCCCUGAUGCGUAGCGACGAGGCCAGCCAUCCGAACUCCUUCAUAGCCCAGCGCGCCGAGGACACUCUCAUCGAACUGACCCGCAUUGGGCCCCGCGUUGUGGGAUCUGCGGCCAAUGAGGUGGCUACCGUUGACUUUCUGCGCGCAGAGGUGGCCAAGGUCGAGGCCGAGAUGAGCGAUCGUUACGAGAUUGAGAUCGAUGUCCAGCAGGCAAGCGGCGCCUACAUGCACUGGGAAAUGGUUAACAUGUACCAGGGCAUUCAGAACGUGGUCGUGAAGCUGAGCGAACGGAACUCCAGCAACGAGAACUUCCUGCUGAUGAACAGCCACUACGAUUCGGUGCCCGGCAGCCCCGGUGCCGGGGAUGAUGGGUCCAUGGUGGUUUCCAUGCUGGAGGUCAUGCGUGUGAUAGCCAAAGCAGGCGAGGCACUGGCCCAUCCAAUUGUUUUCCUGUUCAACGGGGCCGAGGAGAAUCCCCUCCAGGGCUCGCACGCCUUCAUCACCCAGCACAAGUGGGCCAAAAACUGCAAAGCUCUCAUCAAUCUGGACUCUGCCGGCAGCGGCGGUCGGGAGAUCCUGUUUCAGUCCGGACCCAAUCAUCCCUGGCUGAUGAACUACUAUCGCAAUGUUCCGCAUCCGUUCGCCAACACCCUGGGCGAGGAGAUGUUCCAAGCUGGCAUUAUUCCAUCCGACACGGACUUCCGCAUCUUUCGCGACUAUGGCGGCGUUCCCGGCCUGGACAUGGCCUACAUAUUCAACGGCUUUGUCUACCACACCAAGUACGAUAGGAUAAACGCUUUUCCCAGGGCCUCCUUCCAGCACACGGGCGACAAUGUGCUGUCCCUGGCCAGAGCUCUCGCCAAUGCACCGGAAAUGGACGACACCGCCGCGCACGCUGAGGGCCACAACAUCUUCUAUGACUUUCUGGGCUGGUUCAUGAUAUUCUACACGGAAACCACGAGCAUCAUUGUGAACGUUGUUGUGUCUCUGCUGGCCCUUAUGGCCAUUGGCAUCUCGUUGUACUUCAUGUCCGUGCGCUCGGGAUGCAGCUGGAAGGGAGUCCUGCUGCGCUACGCGAUCACCAUUGGCAUGCAGCUCGCCUCCCUCGCUCUGGCCGUGGGCCUCGCACUGCUCGUUGCCGUCUUUAUGGAUGGUGUGAAUCGCUCGAUGACUUGGUUCACCUCCACCUGGACGAUCUUUGGCCUCUACCUGGCGCCGAUCAUCUUCGGAAUGAGCAUCCUGCCAGCCCUGUAUCUGGAGAAGACGAAACGCGAUCCCCUAGGCCUGGGGUUCCGCAUCCAGCUGUUCAUGCACUCGCACUGCUUCUGGCUGAUCGUGAUCAUGGUUACGCUGACGGGACUGAGCAUUCGAUCGGCCUACUUGAUAAUGCUCUGUGUGCUCUUCGAUAUAGUGGCUUUGAUUGUGAACUUGGUCACCAAGUGGCACCGCAAAGCCUAUUUGUUUGCCAUUGCUGUCACGGUCUGUCAGAUCCUUCCAUUCGUCUACUUCACCUAUUUGUGCACGGCGGCUCUCCUAACUCUGAUGCCCAUGCAGGGACGCUCGGGUUCGUCCUCCAACCCCGACUUGGUUAUCGCAGCCCUUGUCUGGUUAUUUUCCCUCAUGUUUGCGGGUUUUAUUGUUCCACUGAUCAUGUUCUUCCGCAAGACGAGAACGAUUGUGCUCUGCUUCCUCGGGAUUACCAUUCUGUUCAUUGUAAUCGCCGUCACGAAUGCCGGAUUCCCCUACAAGGAGAAAACCUCAGCUCAGCGCUACUCAUUGAUCCAUGCACAUCGUCGGCUACAUAACGCGGAUGGCACCACUCGCAUGGACGAAUCAGGCCUGUACAUAUAUCCCCAAGAUCGACGCAUCGAAAUAGCGCGAGACGAAAUAGAUUCCAUCGGAGAGGUGCAGAAGGUCAGCGACACUUGCGACGAGGAAAUGUUUUGUGGGCUGCCCCUGUACAAUCAUCGCUGGAACAAGGCUCGGAAGUACAGCCUGUGGGUGCCUGUGCCGGAGCUGCCAGAGAUACCCACGGAGUAUCCAUCGCUCAUUCUGCAGGACAGCAGCGAGCUGGAGAGUGCCACGCGGCGGCGUUUUAGCUUCUCACUGAGUGGACCCGACCACAUGGGCAUCUUCGUGAAUAUGAAAAAUGAUGCCAAGCUGGUGGACUGGUCCUUCAACGACACUCUCAUUCGGGAGAAGGCAGAACCACCGUACAUGGUGUACUUCUCCUACGGACUGGACAACAGUUCCCUAGAGUUUACUAUCGAUGUUGAGAAGACAACUUCGACAUUCGAUACUCCCACUCUGGAGAUUGGCAUUGGCGGACACUGGGUUAAUCAGGAUAUAACUGCCAUUGGAAGGCUGAGCAAAUACAUAGAUCGAUUUCCCUCGUAUGCCUACAUACAGGGUUGGGUUGGGACCUACGAGACCUGGUAUUUCUAAGGGGAAUUACUCACAAGAAGAUAUUGGGUUUGCUUUACUAAUUGUAGUCAUUAAGCGUUAUCGAUUAACUGUAUAGAAUCU